AUGUUUAGGACUAUUAAUCAGAUACUUUUUAAUUAUAAAACUUGGAAUUUUGAUUGCUCAUCUCUUGACUCUUGUGAAUCAGAAACAUCUUCGAAGAUGGAGUUAGAUCUUCAUGUAUCACAAACUCAAGCUUCAAACGAGAUUGUAUUAGAAGAGCAUGUGAGUCUUGUUUCAUCCAUCAAGAAAAAAAUGGUAAACACAUCUGAUUUUGGUCGCAUAUGCAAAGUUUUAGAGAAAAUUUAUAAGGAAAAUGAAGAGAAAUAUUUCCCUCUAAUUCUCUCAAUUGGCCCUUUUCAUCGUGGCGAAGAAAAAUUAAAAGUCAUGGAGGACUACAAAUGGAAGUAUCUCAACACCCUUCUCUCUCGUGCAACAAAUGUUGAAGCACGAUUAGGGAAGUGUGUCGAGACACUCAAAGUGUUAGAAGAUAAAGCUCGAAAAUGUUACGGAGAAGAAAUUCAUAUGCAGAGUGACGAGUUUGUGGAAAUGAUGUUGAUUGAUGGUUGUUUCAUUAUUGAGCUUUUUAACAAGUCAUGUUGUAAAGGAACUAGACGAAGAGGGGACCCGUUUUUGGCAACAUAUGAAGUGUUUUAUCGAUUGAGACAUGACUUGAUUUUACUCGAAAAUCAAAUCCCUUUCUUUAUUCUUGAUCAUUUGUUCAAUAUUGUUCCUACCCCUAAACAAUGUGGCGACUACUCAUUGAUCGAAUUAGCUUUUCGUUUUUUUAAGAAAACAGUUCAUGAGGACCCGUAUUAUAUUCGAGAGAGAUAUGGCCAAGAAAUUCACCAUCUACUUGACUUGAUUCACCAAUCUUUCAUACCCAAAACACAUAUUUUCCAACUACACUCCAAACAACCACUUCCCAAAAUAGUCAUUCCAACAGUAACUCAACUUCACAGAAUCGGAGCUGAAAUAAAGGGAUCUAAAUCUCGAAACAUCUUGGAAAUAAAGUUAAACAAUGGAGUACUUAGAAUCCCAAAUCUGAUACAUCAUGAUCUUAUGGAAAUUGUGUUGAGAAAUCUCAUUGCUAUGGAGAAUUGUUGCUAUGAUGCCACAAAGUAUGUAACUUCGUACGCAUUUCUCAUGAAAAGUUUAAUUCAAUCAAUCGACGACGCCAAAUUUCUCCUCAAGAAGAGAAUUUUUGAUAAAGAUGAAGAAUUUUUUACAUUGUUCAAUAAAAUAUCAAUCGAUGUAAACGCAAAAGAUUUCUAUUAUGGGGAAUUGUGUGAAGAUUUCGACAAGUUUGCAAAAGUCGACAUAAAUAUUAGGUAUGCAAGGAAAGUCAAAACCAUUGUCACAAGAUGCCUUCGCGAGUUGUAG